AUGGCUCAUUUCUGGAAACCUGGCACAGCACGGCCAGGGUCUUCGAUUGACCGCAGUACCGAGACCGAGUCAACAAUUGAUCCUGGCGCCGUACAAAAUGCUUUGCGAGGCCAAACCAGCAUUCAAGCACAACGGGAGAGUCUGCCGAUCUUUGCGCAUCGCUCCGAGCUGCUUUACACGAUUGAGAAACACCCAGUCGUGAUCGUGAUGGGGCAGACUGGCUCCGGAAAGACCACUCAGCUUCCUCAGUACCUGCUUGAGGCUGGCUGGGCCGGCAGUGGAGCCAUUGCUGGCGCGCCGAAGUGUAUCGCCUGUACACAACCACGGCGCAUCAGUGCGAUCAGUAUUGCGAAUCGUGUGGCGCAAGAAGUGGGAAGUGUGCUAGGCGAUGAAGUGGGAUACACGGUGCGAUUUGAGGAUCUUAGUCAUCCUACACGAACAAAGAUCAGGUACAGCGUGAUCAUGGUGGAUGAGGCUCACGAGAGGGGCGCAUAUACGGACCUGUUACUUGGACUGCUCAAAAAGAUCCGGCGGAAAAGGCCCGAGCUGCGCCUGAUCAUCUCGUCCGCAACCUUGGAAGCACAGAUGCUGCUGGACUUCUUCAGCGAAAAUGAUACUUCCUCUGAUCCAUCCACGAACUUUAACGGAAAGAAGCGCAAGCGCCAAUUCAGCGACGAUCCAGAGCCUGCGGAAAACCAUGCGCAGCCAGAAGCGUGCAUUAUCUCGCUUGAAGGGCGUUCGUAUCCUGUUGACGUGGCAUAUAUGGACAAUGCGCCAGAGGACUAUGUCCGCGCUGCCGUCACUACGGUAUGGGACAUUCACAGGCAAGAAAGCAUGCCCGGUGAUAUUAUGGUCUUUUUGACUGGGCGCGAGGAGAUCGACACUUUCCUGCAAAUGCUAGCGGAUCAAUUAUCAGAAAGCCAAGCUUCGGCCACACAACGAGCCGGUCGAGCCGGCCGCACUUCGCCAGGCAAAUGCUUCCGGCUUUUUCCCGAAUCCGUUUUCAAGUCGUUGCCUGUACAAACAUUACCGGAGCUGGCGCGCACGGACUUAUCCCUACCUGUGCUGCAGCUCAAGGCACUGGGGGUCGACAAUCUUGCGCGCUUCGAAUGGCUCCCUCCGCCUCCACCGACAGCCAUGCUUAUUCGUGCGCUUGACUAUCUCGCUGCACUCGGCGCGCUUGACGAAUUCGGUCGGCUCACCAAGCCACUCGGCGAGCAGAUUGCUGAAAUGCCAAUGGAGCCCAGUCUAGCGAAAGUGAUGCUCGAGUCCGCGAAGUAUCGUUGCGGCAAGGAGGUCCUCACAAUCGCCGCUAUGACCAGCGUCACCUCGCCCUUCAUCAUUCCGGAUGAAGGACGCUCGCGAGCAGGCGCGGAGGGCGAACUGGAACGCCGAAAAUUCGUUGCAGAGGAAGGCGACCACCUGACGCUGCUCAACGUAUACAAUGCAUUUGUCAACCCUCGCGUUGGCAAGCAAUCUGCAAAGUGGUGCAGUUCGCAUCGGCUCAACUUUAAAGCACUCAGUCGAGCGGUGUCUAUUCGUGGCCAGCUUGAAAAGUAUAUGAAGAGAUUCAAGUUGCCGCUCGAAAGCUGUGGGGGCGACCACACGCUUAUACGCAAAUGCCUCGUGUCCGGCCUGUUUCGCAAUGCAGCCAAGAUGCAGCCGGACGGUAGCUAUCGCAGCUCGAGGGAGCAGGCGGUCCUGCAUGCGCACCCGUCAUCCGUACUUUUCAACCGUAAUCCGUCGACCAAAUGGGUCAUUUACAACGAGGUGGUGGAGACGAGCAAGCGCUUCAUGCGCGACCUUACAGUGAUAGACGAGGACUGGCUGCUGGAGCUAGCACCACAUUACUAUGAAGUCAAAGAUAAACGAGGGCGCCAUUGA